AUGCGCUUCGCAUCCGUCGCCCUCCCCAUUUUCGCCCUCCUCGGCGCCGUCCGGGCCGACGACCUGGCCGAGAUCAUCGACGACUUCCCCGCCUGCGGCCUGAUGUGCUUCUCGCGCGCAGCCGAGGACAACAACUGCAAGAACACGGACUUCAAGUGCGUCUGCGAGCACCAAGUGAAGCUGGCCCUCAAGAUGGGCCUCUGCAUGGGCGACAACUGCAAACACGACAGCGGAUACGACAGCGGAAAGCAGGUUGCCAAGCUCUGCGCCGAGUUUGCCGACGACCCCAAGGCUGACGAGGUCGCCUCUGCCACGGCCGACCUCGUCUCCAAGGUCUCGUCCGUCUCUGCCACAGCCGCGGCCGCGAGAGAGACCGGCGGCUCCAACUCGCCUGCUCCGAACGCUGCACCCGUCGAUACCGGCUCCUACGCCAUGCUGGGCGCCGCUGCACUUGCUGCUUUGGCUCUCUAG